AUGACUGUCACCUCCGUUCACCGCUCCACUCCUCUUCCUCAUGCUGCUAAUACGCAAGGGCAACCAGCCACCAAGAUCGACGGCGUUUCUCGUUCCUCUCCCACUGUCACCACCAUGAACAGUCAACGGUGCCUUAAUCGCUCCACUCCUCUUCCUCACGCCGGUGUACACGCAAGGGCGAUCAAUUGCCAAGAUCGACGUCGUUUCUUAUUCCUCUUCCAUUGUCGCCACCACUGGCACCAUCACGAACAGUCAACGACGCCUCCACCCCUCUUAGUAGGAUUAAAACUCGUUGUUGAUGAACCCGAGAGUUUGACCCAAACUUUUCGUCGUCAGUGUCGGAACUCGAGAACGGAAGAGAAGAUAAUGUACGGUUUCGUGGUUUCAUCUUCGGUUUGCACUUUCUCAUCAACAAAGCCAAUGGAAGUUGUGGGUUACGCCCACUCUUCUAACGGAAAUUCUGUCAGAACCACCCGGUACCCAUUUUCUCUCUUCAAGUUCCGACCAACCUCCAGCCCGGCUAGUUUCAUUUCGUUAAAGAAACAGGGUCCCAUUAAGUCUUUGCAAGUGAGAGCAAUAGCUUCUCCUGCUGAAGACACUGCUGGAUUUGAUGAAAUGGUUUCUGGCACCCAGCGGAAGUAUUACAUGCUAGGUGGUAAAGGAGGAGUUGGGAAGACAAGUUGUGCUGCUUCACUUGCUGUAAAAUUUGCAAAUAAUGGUCAUCCCACUUUAGUAGUUUCAACUGACCCCGCACACUCCUUAAGUGAUUCUUUUGCUCAGGAUUUGACUGGCGGGACACUAGUGGCAGUUGAAGGCCUGUAUUCUCCAUUAUUCGCCCUUGAGUUAAAUCCUGAAAAGGCCAAGGAAGAGUUUCGAAGUGCAACUCAGAUAAGUGGAGGAUCUGGUAUCAAAGACUUUAUGGACGGUAUGGGCCUUGGGGUGCUUGCUGAACAGCUUGGGGAGCUAAAGCUUGGAGAACUGCUGGAUACUCCCCCUCCUGGUCUAGAUGAAGCCAUUGCGAUUUCAAAGGUUAUGCAAUUUCUUGAAUCGCAGGAAUAUAAUAUGUUUACUCGUGUAGUGUUUGACACAGCCCCGACGGGACAUACUCUACGGCUCUUGUCCUUGCCGGAUUUCUUGGAUAAAUCAAUUGGAAAGAUAUUGAAGUUGAGACAGAAGAUAGCUUCUGCCACUUCAGCAAUAAAGUCUGUCUUUGGCCAGGAAGGAACGCCCAAACCAGAUGCUGCAGAUAAAUUGGAGCGGUUAAGGGAGAGGAUGAUAAAAGUAAGAGAGCUUUUCCGUGACACAACCUCAACGGAAUUUAUCAUAGUAACAAUCCCCACGGUUAUGGCAAUUAGCGAAUCAUCAAGGUUGUGUGCUUCCUUAAAGAAGGAAGAUGUUCCUGUUAAGAGGCUUAUUGCUAAUCAGGUCCUUCCGCUAUCAGCCUCAGAUUGCAAGUUCUGUGCAAUGAAAAGAAAGGACCAGAGUCGUGCUCUCGAUAUGAUCCAGAAUGACCAAGAGCUCUCUAGCCUGAUGUUGGUCCAGGCACCCCUUGUUGAUGUAGAGAUCAGAGGUGUUCCAGCUCUUCAGUUUUUAGGGGACAUUGUCUGGAAAUAAAGAAAAAAGAACUUGACACGGCAUCAGCUAAUCAGAUGUUUCUAGUGGCAUUUGUCAACAAACUGCAUUCAUGGACUAUGAGCGCCCAAGUCUGUUGAUGCUCUUGCUCUAACAGUCUAACUAGUGAACAUAAAUACAUGCGAUACUCCGUAUUUUUCACCCAAGGUAAAGGAAAAUACAGUGGGAGUUGCCUUGGUAUGAGUCAACAAAAUGGGGGCUGGGAAGAAUUAUUUGUUUUCAUAGUAGUGACUUGACAUUUGAAAUAAAAAAGAACGUGGCGAAGCACUAGUGAAAAAAAGUAAACGGGAUGUCAAUCAACUGUUAAUAUUUCUUUUCCUGGUACAUAGUGAACUUGCUUUGUUGUAUAAAUGAGCUAUAUGAUGCUUUUUAUUUUGGGAAUUUCAAAGCUGCAAA